AUUUUCCUUUUGUGCGAAAAAGGUUUUUUGCUACAAGUUUUCAUUUUUCGGGCGAAAAAUUUAGCAAAUUUUUUGAUACAUUUUGUACUAUAUUUAAGUUGAAAUAUCAGUUAUAAGCGCAAAUGUAUUAAAUGUGAAGUGUUAAAUAUCUUAAUAGAAAUAAUUGGUGUGCUAAAAAUUGUGAGAGAAUUUUUUUUUAGGAAAAGCGAGUUCAUCCAAUCAACUAACGUAUUGCAAUCAUGAGUGAAAACAAUGCGAAGGCAACACCCGAGAAAAAAGAUCCUGAAAUGAAAGGUUGGUUGCUUAAAUGGACUAAUUAUAUUAAAGGUUACCAAAGACGCUGGUUCGUCCUCUCAAAUGGUGUGUUAAGUUAUUAUCGCAAUCAGGCCGAAAUAAAUCAUACUUGUCGUGGCACAAUUUCAUUGCAUGGUGCACUUAUACACACGGUCGAUUCGUGUACAUUCGCCAUAUCGAACGGUGGCACACAAACUUUUCACAUAAAAGCUGGUAACGAGGUUGAGCGCCAAUCUUGGGUUACAGCGCUUGAAUUGGCCAAAGCGAAAGCUAUACGUGCGAUGGAGAGCGAGGAGGAGGAAGAAGAAGAGACCGCGCAAGUGGUGCCAAGUGAGGAACUAAAUACAGUGGUGCGUGAUCUAACGGAACGCUUAGAAAAUUUACGUACUUGUUAUGAUCUUAUUACUAAACAUGGUGUUGCAUUGCAGCGCGCCCUCAGUGAAUUGGAAACCAACGAUCAGGAACAACUAUCUAGCCGUACGAAAAUCGUUAACGAGCGUGCAACAUUAUUUCGCAUAACAUCGAAUGCAAUGAUAAAUGCUUGUAACGAUUAUCUAUCAACAGCGGAAACGCAAGGACAUAAAUGGUCGAAAAUGCUGCUGCACGAACGUGAGCAACGACAACGUCUGGAAGAUAUGGUAGAACAGCUAGCAAAACAACACACGCAGCUAGAGCAUGCUGCACAAUUAAACGUCCAACAAAACAAAAUCAUGCCUAGACAUGGUAAUUCAAUUAUGACAGUAACGUCAGAUGAUGAGAACGAGUUUUUCGAUGCCGAGGAAAAUAUGUGCUUUGGUGAUGAAUUAUUGCAAGAGACUGUUGAGGAAGAACCAUCUACGAGCAACAGAGAUACUGUUGAUCGAAGCUCAGUUAACAUACCAGAACCGAUAACACUAACACCGACAAAUAGUAUAGUUUUAAGAAAACGUAGAACACGCAUACCAGACAAACCAAAUUAUCCAUUAAAUUUGUGGUCUUUUAUGAAGAAUUGUAUUGGCAAGGAGUUGUCAAAAAUACCUAUGCCAGUUAAUUUUAAUGAGCCUCUUUCAAUGCUACAACGACUCGGCGAAGAUUAUGAAUACGCAUACUUAUUAGAUAAGGCGGCACAAACAAACGACAAGUGCGAGCAAUUGAGUUAUAUUGCCGCAUUUGCAAUUACCAGUUAUUCAACAACACGUACAAGUAAGCCCUUCAAUCCGCUUCUAGGAGAAACAUACGAAUGCGAUCGCACAGAUGAUCUCGGCUGGCGCAUGAUAGCAGAACAAGUAUCUCAUCAUCCACCAAUGGCAGCUGUGCAUUGUGAAGGCCGUGGAUGGAAAUGCUGGCAGGAAUUUACUAUGACAAGUAAAUUUCGCGGAAAAUAUUUACAG